AUGAGUCAGUUAAACAAUAACGAAGAACAGAAAAGCAACAUUACCAACAUGAAGCGCAACCUCACAUUGGACUUCAAUCAGAAGAAGAAUCUUACGUUACCACUGUCCAAUAACCAGGUUCUGUCCUCUCCAGACUUAAAAAUGCUAAACGUAGGCACCCCUGAGCUGGAAAGCAUGAUUUUGAGCAAUGACCUGCCAAACACGCCCACCCCUUCACUACUAUUCCCUCGUAAUGUCACAGUAGAGCAAGAAAGAUUUGUCGGCCCCUUCGUUGAAGCGCUCAGCCAUUUACACAACAGCGGUUCGCAACAAGGCUCUGACAGCAACAGCAGCACCAUUUACAACGAUUCUUUCAUACCUCACAUCAAGGAAGAGCCCCAAACUGUACCUAACCUCAAUCAAAGUCCUCCUACUUCUCCAGUUGAUAUGGAGUACCAGGAACGUUUGAAGCUGGAGCGCAAAAGACAAAGGAACAGAUUGGCUGCAUCGAAAUGCAGGUCAAGGAAGCUGGAAAGAAUUUCAAAGCUAGAGGAUAAAGUGAAGCAGCUGAAAAAUGAAAAUGUAGAGUUAGGAUCUAUGGUAAACCAGCUUAAAGAAACUGUUGGUCUUUUGAAGCUGGAGGUUAUGGAACACCAUAAAGCAGGUUGUACCGUUAUAAAUUAUUAG